AUGUUGAGGCCACGAUAUCAAUAUGGGGGGAUCAUAUUGGCGCAGCUGCUGCUUCAUCUGCUAUUCCCAAAACAUACUACUGUCGUCGCUGCUGCUGAUCUAAGUUCAGACAAACAAGCCCUUCUGGACUUCGCUUCUGCAGUUCCUCAUCCCCGUGCCAGGAAACUCAACUGGAAUGCUCAACCAUCAUCAUCAUCAUCCUCAGUCUGCAGGUCUUGGGCCGGCGUCACCUGCACCGCCAACGCCACCCGUGUCCUUGAGCUUCGGCUUCCGGGCUUCGGGUUUUAUGCUCCUAUCCCCCGCAAUACCUUAGGGAGGCUCGAUGCCCUGGCCUCCCUCAGCCUUAGAUCCAAUCGCCUCUCGGGGGCUCUUCCCUAUGAUAUCCUCUCUCUUCCUUCCCUCCGCUACCUCUACCUCCAACGCAACAACUUCUCUGGCUGGGAUCUUCCAACCCCAUCCUCCUCCAUCUCUCUCUCUCCUCAACUCACCUUUCUCGAUCUCUCCUUCAAUUCCUUCCCCGGCAACAUCCCCGAUCAACUCUUCACCAAUUUGACCCGUCUCGCUGGAUUGAAUCUCCAAAACAACUUGCUCACAGGACCUAUACCUGAUCAACUCGGCCAGCUUCCGGCCCUCGUCCACUUAAACCUCAGCUUCAACAACUUGACCGGUUCCAUCCCACCUUCUCUGCAGCGCUUCCCCGCUUCCUCAUUCCUGGGAAACUCCUUACUCUGCGGAAGGCCCCUCAACCAGCAGUGCCGUGUUCCAGUUUCACCAUCGAUACCUCCUUCUUCCGCCGUACCAUCACCUUCUCCUUCUCUUGCUCCUCCUCCUCCUCCUCAUUCUUCUUUCGCACAGUCUCCUUUGCCAUCCUCACCGCCACCACCACCACCAGCUUCUUCUCAAAAGCAUAAUAAGUCAAAGCUAAGUACUGGUGCAAUUGUUCCCAUUGCACUCGGAGCUUGUGCAUUGCUGAUUCUCCUGGUCCUAGUAAUAGUGUUCCAAUGCUGCAUGAAUAACAAGAAAAGAGAUUCAGAAACAAGUGCUAGUGCAGUACUGGUGAAAGUUAAUCCCUUCCGCGGAGGAGGAGGAGGAGGAGGAAAAAUCCAUGAGGCGAAGCAGCUUAAGGAGGAGGGGGGAGGCUACUUGUCUAGGAGCGGCGAGGCCGAAAAGAACAAAUUGGUUUUCUUGCAAGGAGAAGGCAAUUUUGAUCUGGAAGACCUCUUGAGAGCGUCAGCUGAAGUACUGGGAAAGGGAGCUUCCGGGAAAACCUAUAAGGCAACCUUGGAGGAUGGGACUACUGUUGCCGUGAAGCGGCUCAAAGAAGUGGCGGCGGUGGUGGGAAGAAGGGAAUUUGAACAACACAUGGACAAUGUUUGGAGGGUCAAUCACCAUCACCACCCCAAUGUUGUCUCCCUUCGUGCUUAUUACUAUUCCAAAGAUGAGAAACUCCUCGUCUACGAUUUCGUCCCCUUGGGUAGCCUGUCCACAUUAUUGCAUGGAAAUAAGGAGCCCGAUGGAAGGAGAAGGCUGGAUUGGAAAUCCAGAGUAAAGAUUUCGCUUGGAGCCGCCAGGGGCAUUGCCCACAUCCAUUGUGUUGCCGGUCGGAAAUUGAGUCACGGAAACAUCAAGUCCUCCAAUGUCCUGCUCACCCAAGACCUGAGUGGGUGCGCCUCUGAUUUCGGUGUUACCCCAAUCGUGGGUUUACCUCGUAGAAGUACCGGAUACAGAGCACCUGAAGUGAGCGAGACGAGGAAAUACACUCAGAUGUCUGACGUUUACAGCUUCGGUGUGGUCCUGCUCGAAUUGCUAACGGGGAAAGCACCCGUUGUCCAACCAGCAGGGCAGGGGCAGGGGCAUGAUGGGGUAGUAGACCUAGCGAGGUGGGUGCAAUCUGUUGCUAGAGAAGAAUGGACGGCGGAGGUGUUUGACGCUCAGCUUGUCAAGAAUCCGGACAUUGAAGACGAAAUGGUGCAGAUGCUGCAGAUCGCAAUGGCCUGUGUAGCCAGGACACCCGACAGGAGACCCAAUAUGGAGCAAGUUGUGAGAAUGAUCCAGGAAAUACGGCAACCCGAUCCCGGGAACAGGCCUACAUCCGCCGAUUGACGACGAGCCCUGGAGAACCUGCUGUGGCACUUGCUACUAAUGAAUGUUCCCAUUCUAACUAUUAAGUUGUCUGCGAAGACCCCC